AAAGACACCAUAUAUUUUCCACUGGUGGUCAUGACUGUUUGCUUACUGAUGCUACUGGUAAAAAACGAGCUUUCUCUCGAGGCCGUAACACAUCGUAAUUCACGCUGCACAUCAUGUAAACUAAUUAACUGUAACAUUAUGGUGCUGGAAAACACUUGUGGUGCUAGGAAGUGCUAAAGAUCUCCAAAGUCCCUCACGUAUUUUUUCUUAAACAUGGAAUUUCUGACCUCGUAAUUGACACAUUUUCUCCCUGAGGCAUUUUAUUGCAAGAAUGUUUUAUAGAAGCUUACAGCAACUGCAGCCACCAACAUCCAUGGCAGCAUAAUCGAUCUACUAACCUCUGAUCCCAGAGCACAGUAAUACCGCUCCACACUGCUUCAGUGAAUCCAGUUCUGUCUUUCGGGCAUUAUCGAAAUGAAGAGGAUGGUCAGGAUGCCAAUCUGUGCUUUGUUCAGAGCCAUCUCCCUCUCUUCUAUGACUUUUUGGACAAGGGCCACAUCCACAGGCCCCACUGCAGAGACACAUGAGCCGUGCAGCUGCACUGGUGCUACUUCACUGCAUCCAGGUGUCUGAGAGGCAAAUACCUAUGGACGCAAGCCGUCAAACAACUGCACUGCUCUGUGCAGUUUGUUACAGCGAGGUCGCUGUGCUCAAACGCUCUGCGUGCUGCAGGACAACAUCCUAUCAUGCAGCACACAAGGAACCCCAGCAGGGUGUUUGCAGGCUUAGAUGCCAACACUUGCCACGAAACCCCCUCAGUGCGUGAUUUUCUUGUGAGCAACUGCCUGGCACCGGCAGGUUCCUCUGAAGCAUUUGCAGUUGCCAGCUUGACAAGGGGGUGCUUGGCAAGAGAGCAAGUCAUAGGUAACUGAGGCACACAACUGCAGACAUCACUGUAUGUUGUUAACUCCCUUUUAGUUUGGGAUCACUAACAGAAAAAGACCCGACAUUGCUUAAACUGGGGUAACAGGCAUGACUGGGCAACAGGCUCCAGUAGCACAGCUAUGUGAGAAACACCGAGACAAAACCCAUUAUCUCCAAGUCAUGUAAUAAACACCCUUUCAUUUUUGCAGAACAUACACAUUAAUGGUAUUGAUCUAAGCCUGUACCCUAUAAACAUGUUAUACUACAUGUGUUCCUACAGUAAAGCAGUUACGUAGUGUUAAGAAGUCUUUAAUACCUGACCAAAAUCCCAGCACAAAUCCCAAAGCACUUAAAACAUUACCAGAAACAAGUGAUUAACUUGUUUUUAGCAAACAUUAAGUCAUUCUCAGAAUGAGCCGUUACUCAGUGGAGCGGAUGGGCCAUCAGUAUAAAUGAGAGGAUUUCAGCAGAACUCCCCACCUCGGCCACGCAGAUCCCUUCUGCCCUGCCGACAGCCAGCCUUGAAGCACCACAUCUGCAGAAUGAGGGGCACAGUGUUGGUGCUGGCCUUGCUCACUCUCCUGAUUGUGGCACGUGGAGGCAAAGGUGAAGGAAACACCGUGAAGCUCUGUGGGAGAGACUUUGUCAGAGCCAUCGUCUUCACCUGCGGCAGCUCUCGGUGGAAAAGGCAUUUGACUGAUUAUCACUACCUGUUUGAGAGUGAAAAUCUCCUGCCUUUCUCACAAGAGAACAAUGGUUAUGCCGACUCCUCGAUGUACACGGACCAGAGCCUGGAGAUUGACAGCAAAGAAAUCCGCAACAUCAAGCCUGAGACAGAGCAAGACUUAAAACACACCAGAAAAAUGUCUACAUUAAAAAAGCGUGAAGUGGCCAAGUUGCUUACCACAUCCUGCUGCAGCAUUGGCUGCAGUGAGAGAGAGAUCAGCUCCCUGUGCUAA